AUGGGGGUGAUGGUGAUGUCAACUUUGGAUGGUGGUGUCGCGUUUGGAUCAUUUUUACAGAAUUACGGAGUGUUAGAAGAUGGCACCUGUUUGACGUUAGAACCCGACUGCAAUAUGACAAAAGGAUGCCAAACAGCCUGCAGUUUCUUUACAGGACCAUUUGUAGAUAAUGACAAAACAAAUGUGACGUGGCAUUUUGGGAAUAAAGUGAAACUGAAGGCCAGUUCCUAUUACACAGACAUCACUUGGUCAGUGCCAGUUCCUGACUCCAUAGUUCCUGGACCAGUUUAUUUUGUGUAUGUCUUGCUUGUGAGAGACCGAAAUUUCUAUCCUGGAACAGAGCCACAGCCUUGGGUUCUCCUUGGAGAGCGGGUUGCAACUAAACUCAGUGUUGACACUGACAAAGUGCCAUAUUAUCCUGAAUUCUUGCUGUUUGCUAUAUCAGAAAAUGGAAUCGCUGCCCAGACUAACUUUUCAGCUAUUGAGUCAGACAUAUUUGGACCUGCAAUCGGAAUUCCUGAGAGUGACUUGUUACGAGAACUCCCUCCAGGGGUGUUCAUUGCUGAUCCUGGCCCCAUGAACAUCACAGUGGACACCCACAUUGUUAAUCAGACCGUGGCAGCAACCCUCAAGUGGAGACACCCUGAUGCCCCGAACCUGGAGUGCAGUGAGUCGAACCAGGACCAGUGUUUCUACAACAUCGACUGGUUCAUGAUGAACUGCAAUGGCUACAUCGGCGUUCCUGACUGCAACCGACCACCAGAUCACUUCGCUGAAACUCAGCACUUCAAGUUUGAGCAUGAGCCAUCCUUUGAUCUUCCUGAAUUAUUGUUUAAUUCUGAAUAUCGGAUCCUUAUUGAAACAAGAGACAAGAAAAACAAUCUGUUCAUGAGUGAUCUCCGAUUUAAAACACCCAAAUGUAUGGACACUGGCAAGAACUUCAAGAAAUGUCAUGACCCUGUAGAGUCAACAACAGAAAACCCAGAUCAGACCGACUUUUCAGGUACUACAGAAAGUAUAAGAGAAGUGCACGCUCUGAGUAUAGAGUCUCAGCCGAUGACAUACAAUGCAAAGUUGCAGCGACUGGAGCUGAACAUGACGUGGUCGACACCCCUCAACCAGUCGGCACUCAACUUCUACCAGGUGAGGUGGGAGAUGCAGACUGGUUCUCCUGACAACCGGAUUCUCACCGAGGUCGGCCUCGAGAAGACCAACAAAAGUCACAUGGUGUUAACCCUGGAGAAAGAUUCAUCCUAUUACAUCGUGGUUGAAGCUCAUUUUAAUUCGAGCAAAACCAAUGGGCUGAUCUUCCAGAGCGAGUCCAUCGAGGUGAAUACCACCAACUGGAGCAGCAACUCAACUGCAGCCUUCAUCGCCCAGCCAAUUACACAGCACAAAAAAGCACAUUUUACAACAGUGAGUGGCAUUAUUAUUGGUGUUACUGUGGUGAUUAGCCUCAUCAUCCUGGCUCUCAUCAUCUUGUUUAUCUACAAGAAGAGAAAGAACUUCAAGGACAUCAUCAUCCCCAGAACCACAGUGUCCAAGAGCAACAGCUACAAGUCCAAUAUGGGAGGCAAGUCGGACUACUCUAACCAACUGCUGGUUGUCAGUGAUGAGUGGGAGUUGGAUCCUAAACUGAUCAAGUUCAGCACACCACUGGGUCAGGGGGCGUUUGGAAAAGUGGUUACCGGUUACUAUAGUGACAGCAAAGUUGCCAUAAAGCUUAUUAAAGAGGGUGCUCCAAUGUCUUACAAAGAGGACUUGGUGGCAGAGAUCAACUUGAUGAAGCGGAUUGGCUCCCACCCCAACAUCGUGUCCAUGAUUGGAGCCUGCACACUGUUUGAACCCAUUGCCCUUGUCAUGGAGUUUGUGCCGUAUGGAAACCUGCAGUCAUUCUUGAAGCGCUGUCGAAUGGAAGGAGACCUAUGUAAACGUCCAGACGGACCCAGUGAAAUCACCUACUCCAUGUUGCUGGAUACUGGCGGCAUAGAAAACGGCAUCAUCACACCAGCAGACAUGCUGUCCUUCGCACGUCAAGUCUCUAUGGCAAUGCAAUACCUUGCAGAUAAAAGAUAUGUCCAUCGGGAUCUGGCUGCCAGAAAUGUUCUUCUUGACUGCAAUAAGGUAGUCAAAGUGUGUGAUUUUGGCCUGUCACGUGAUAUCUACAAUGACAAUGAGUACAAGAAACUGACCAAUGGCAAGCUUCCUCUUAAAUGGAUGGCAAUAGAGUCGCUGCGAGAUCGGGUAUUUACAACACAAACGGAUGUUUGGUCAUUUGGAAUUCUCUUGUGGGAAAUUGUCACAAUGGGUGCCUCCCCAUAUCCUAACAUUGCUCUUGCUGACCUAUACUAUGUGCUUAUCAAUGGUUACAGGAUGGAUAAGCCAUCCAACUGCUCAGAUGAACUAUAUUUCAUCAUGCGGAAGUGCUGGGAGGAGCGUCCACAAGAACGUCCGUGUUUCACUCAGCUGCGGCUGAUGGUGGAGGAGUUGCUCACCCAGGACCGAGACUACCUCGUCCUGGAAAACAUUGAUGCUCCUCUGAACACGUCAGAAAACAGCAGCACGCCCAUAGACUCUAGCAGUCAUUCGGGUGUGUCUAGUGGACUGGCAGCAGCAGCUCAGGCAAACAGGGAUUCCCUCAGGGUCAAUGUGUGUGUCCACGGAAAGUCAACGGACAGACUCUUGCUGAGGAGAAGUGAAAGUGAUUCCAGUCCGUAAAUACCAUGUGCUAAAUUAUUAAAGACUGAGAUGGUGUGGAUGGAAAGUGGUUUUGUCUGAAUUGAUUUUUCAGUGUUGUCUGGACAACUAACUGAUGGACGAUUCAGAGUUGUACGUGCUGUUUGAAUAUUGUUUAUGGAAUUGUAAAGACGACUAACUUUUCAUUCAAAUAAUAUGUGCUAUAUGAAGUGAUACAUGAAGGACUUGACUUAACCAGUAGGUCAGCUGCAUGUGAUGUCUGAGCAGGUUAGGGUGAUGCACUGACAAACACAUUCAUUUUAACAUGUUGAGUUGAUUAUACUGUUGUCCAACAACUAACUAAUGAUUCUCAGUUACAAGUGCUACCGAGUUCUGUGUGAUGUUGCUUGAACAAUUGACAAUGUUCAAAUAUAUAUGAAGGUUCUAUGCAGUGAGUGACUGUGAUUCUGUUGGGAGUCUAUCCACAUAGUACCUUGAUAUGGAGAUGGUGUGGGUAUAGUGACAACAAUCUGCCACUGUUGUCUGUUUAAACAAACUGCAAAAAUUGUUUCUGUGAAAACAUUUCGCCUAUUUUGUAUUUUAAUACGAGACUCUCUGAUGAAGCACUGAUAGCUAGUGACUAUAACUCAUCAGAUAUACAAGGUCAAAGGUCAGUUACCUUUCAGUGUGCCAAAAUGUUGACAGUUUGAUAUAAAAUUGUGUAUUCUGUGGAGUGGACUUCUUUGACAAUGUGCGAAACAAAUGCUGAAGAUGAAAUCAUUCUGGAGGUGUAUACGAGAAGUGUUAUUGUGCCAAAAGUUGCUGCAAAUCUGAUUGGAUUUUGCUUGGUUUUUUCACAAAUAUGAACAAUGUCUAGACAUGGAUUGUGUUUUGUUAAUUUAAUAGUAGAGAAUACAAGUGGAUAAAAUGAUACAUAUCAAAAUGAGUGCCACAAUACAUUUCGAUUUUAGCAUAGUCAGAUAAUAAACAUGUUUAUACAUUUUUUAAAUUUGAACACAGUCUAAAGUGGAUUCAAGGGAGACUGGUGAAAUAUGCCAGUAAUCUAGAGUGCCAGAAUAGAUGGAUCAUCACCUGUGUAUUGUGACUGGACUGAGCUUUGAGAAGGUUCCAAUUUACACAGAAAUCCUCUUUACAUAGAUGCCAGUUCAGAGUACACUGAAUGAGUAAAUUAAGCUACUUGCAGUAGUUUUGGUAGAUCUGUUUUUCUUAAACUUGUUUGCUUUGUAAAACCUAACAAAACUGAUGAUUUGAUCAAUACGAAUGUGAACUGAACAGUUUGGACAAUUCAUAAAAAGUUCCAGUAACCGAGGAUUUAUUGUCCAGAGGUGUAUGUAGUAUUAAUAAACAUGGCACUGGAACUUUCAGAAUAACAGGAAUUGACAUUGGUGUCUCUCAACUGUCAUCUGUUUGACAAUUUGUCAAGAACUAGCACAAAAUGUAUAUAUAAGAAACAGAUCUUUAGUGCUGUAUAUAAGGAAAAUAUUUAUUGUUGUGUAUUUAUUGACAGGUUUACCUCACAGGUAGCUGUAGGUCAAAGUUACAUGAACUAUGUGGAAGAGUUUAAAAUGAUGUGCUGUGUGGCAAAUAAGUAAAACAUUCGAAGGCUAUAGGUCAAAGUUACAUGAACUAUGUGGAAGAGUUUAAAAUGAUGUGCUGUGUGGCAAAUAAGUAAAACAUUCGAAGGCUAUAGGUCAAAGUUACAUGAACUAUGUGGAAGAGUUUAAAAUGAUGUGCUGUGGGGCAAAUAAGUAAAACAUUCGAAGGCUAUAGGUCAAAGUUACAUGAACUACGUGGAAGAGUUUAAAAUGAUGUGCUGUGGGGCAAAUAAGUAAAACAUUCGAAGGCUGGCAGAAGCAAUGAUGGUUUAUUAUCAAUAUUUGUGACAUUAUGAUGCCCUUUUGGGGAAUAUUGUUUUCACAUUUGGUAUAUGCUGCAGAAUAGACAUCUGGUAUAGGGUGUGUUUAACAUACAGUGGUUAAAACUUGUUGUAUUUUUAGAUUCAGUGCAGGUCAUUGAACAAGUUAACAUAGAUUAUUAAUAAUUGUAUUAGUAUGUUAAAUGUCUAACCUAAUUAAAUAUUAUGAUUGUAAUUAAAACACUCCUUCCCAUUUUUAGCAAUUAUUUAAAACGUUUUGACAAAAAAAAAACCUUAGAUGUAUGUCAUGUUUAUUUUAUAUUAAUUUCAGAUAUAAUGGUUUUUUUCCCUUUUGUUUACAUUUUUAAUGACAUUUCAUAUAUAAUUUUAGCAUU